AAGACCAUACACCACAGACGGGUGACCUUACUAAACAGAAGUGUUUCAGAUCACAGUAUUUGACUUCAUCCUUCAGUGCAGUGUGAAAUUAAUCGACCAUAUGAGAUGUCUGAGCAGAAAUUUGAAGAUCUCAGUGACAAACUGCACCAAAGCAUUAAGAAACUGAACACAGAAUACAACAGAAAUCAUCAAACUCUCAAAGAUCUAAUAAAGAAACUGAAUGACAUCACUGAUGAACUUGAAUCCAUGCACAAAAACACCACGAUGGGCAGUUUGGUGGGAGCAUCAAUAGGAGCAGCAGGAGGACUUACAUUGCUGGGUAUAGCUUUGGCCCCAUUUACAUUUGGUGCGUCUAUAGCUAUUACUGGUGCUGCUGGUGUUACUGCAAUGGGUGUUGGAGUAGCUGGAGGAGUAAUAGGGGCAGCAUCUAACAUCACUAACAUGUUCAAGCAGAGCAACAAGCGCCAGACUAUUGAGGAGAUCAUCAAUGAUUUCCAGAACACCAUCAACCCAAUGAUUCAGCAUCUGAAUACAAUUUCUGAAACCAUAGAAAAGCUUGAGAAAAUUGAGCCAAUGUAUUCUCAUCAAAAUAAAGCACUACUGACAAGUGUGAAAGCCCUGAAAACCAUUUCAAGCGUUAAAAAACUUUUAUCUAUACUUCGAACUACUAAAAUUGGGAAAGUGUUCGCAAGAGCUACCAAAGCACUUCAAGUGGUUGGGAAACUAUCUAUGACAAUUUCAGCUCUGUUUUUUGUUCUUGAUGUUUACACUAUUUAUUGUAAUUCAACAGAACUCUCUGAAAUGAAAUCAGACAAAAAGAGAAAAGCAGAAGAAAUAAAAUCAGAAACUGUGAAAUUUAUUUAUCAAAUGAGAGAAACAGCUGCUCAAUUUCAGAAUACUCUGGAUGAAACUAAAUGUGCCAGAGACGCUAUUAACAAAGCUGUACAAAUCAGUCAAGAAGAUCAUUGAACUGCUCUGUUUGGUGUUGUCAAUUUACUGACUCUUUAAACUGAAAUCUUUAAAAACUUGGCAACAAAAUAAGGUUGAAUAUAUAUAUGAUUUUCAAUUAUUUUGUAACAUGUAAUUAUUGUAGUCUUAAUAAUCCUUGUCUUUUUUCUUCUUUUUUUCUGGUUCUGUAUGAAAUUGGAUAAACUAUUUGCAAACAGUCUUUGUAUAAGCCACUUGCACUCGAGUUUAGAUCUCAUUAUAUCUUAUGACAUUCU